GCAGCACUUAAGUUUAUUACUCAAAUCCUCUUACGGUUAUUCUGUCCUGAUUGGACGCGGGAACAGCCGGGACACGAGCAGCGUCCAGUCAGCGUCAACUUGCUGACCUCGCGGGUUGUAAACCUCAUCCGCCCGUGGCCAAAACCUGUCGAACCGGCCAGCGUGUCCUGUAGACACAGACAACAAACUACAGCAUGACGAUGGCGGGGUUAACGGAGACACCUGAGACCGGCAGCGUUUGGGCAGAGCAGACAUUUAGGAAGUGUUAGAGGAUGAAGAGUUGAUUUGUUCUCAGUUAUGUGAGGAUGACGGACACUCAAGAGAACAAAAUGGACUGGAUAUAUCAGCGGUGUAACAAGGAUACGAUGUCGAAGUCGCGCUUUUUGCUCAUUUGUGGGACGAUAAUGCUGACCAUCACACUGUACCCAGUGCUGAGGAUGCUGGGGGUUCAGCUUCACGCUACACUGAGUGGGAGUUACGUGGCUGGACACCACUCCAUAUUGCUCAUCAACUGUCCUACUGAGCAGGUGGCUAAAGAUAUUGGCAGACACAUCAUGGAGAAAAGGAUGGCAGCAUGUGUGAAUAUUCUUCCCCACACCUCCACCAUGUACUACUGGAAAGGAGAGAUUCGGGACGCUUCAGAAAUACUGCUGCUGGUGAGGACCAGAACAUCUCUGAUCCAGAGGCUCACCGAAUUUAUAACAGCUAUGCAUCCAUAUGAAAUUCCAGAAAUCAUCAGUUUUCCAAUUGAAGAUGGAAGUCUGUCUUACUUGAAGUGGAUGGAUGUUGCAGUUCCUGAGGUAUGACCAGUAUCCACUGUCUAGUGAAAUGCACUCCUAUUGGAUGAAGACUUGAAUGUUCAGUUCUGGAUCAGGUAUUAUGGACUAUCAAGUUGAAGGUGGCUUUGAUUACAGGGAUGGGGAGGCAUGAGACGCCCCCAGUCUGUUCACAGUCCUUUGAGAGUAUUUUUCAUCAGAUUGGGGAAAAAAACAAAUGGCUGAUCAAAACAACUUUGAUUCGAUUUCUCAAAUCUUGGUUGAAAUGUUUAAAUUUUGAACAAUUUCCAAUACAGAGAAGUACUUACAGGUACUUACAGUACCUGAAAUAUUCAGACACUACUUUUAGACUUUCAGACUCGUGGCAUACAGAGUGAGGACUUGGACGCAGGAGAUAUAAGUGCUUAACGGUGACUAUAAUGUCCCAAACAAGAAAACAUAAAGGAAAUGUCUAAACAUAAAGCAUUAAUGAAUGGAAUGCUGACUAAAGUACAGCUAACACAGCUGCUUUUUCUCUUAGAGGUAUUCAAAUUAAAGAUGUUGAAGAGUUGUAUAUUGUAUAGUAUAAACUAAACUAAUCCUGUAUAGCAAGCCAACCAAAACUAUCCAGCUGAAGUGACUGCUAAUGAAGGAAGAGAUGACAGCACAACUGAUAAAGUCGAACACGCUGAAAAGACUUUGUCUCAUUGUGUUUAUUCAUGUUUCAUUUUCAACAAGUUUGUUUGAAUAAAAAGCGCAUUUCUGUGUGCCAUGUUUGCGUUUA